UUUGGAGAAGCCUGUGCAGCUGUGCCUCUGGGUGUCCCGGGGAAUAGGGGGAGGAGACAGGUCCAUACUGAGUUCCCAUCUUCCGAGAAUCCUCUGAGGAUCCACAGCUUGCAACUAGCGUGAGCCUAGGCUUAGCACAGAAUGGCUAGAGAGCCGGGAGUGAGUGCAGCCCUAAACGCUCGAUCUGCCCAAGAGGGGACUGGGCUUCUGGUGGUGAAGGUGGAACAGGAAGAGGCCUCCCCCUUGGCAGAGGAGGCCAGUUGGCUGGGCAGCCCUGAGCCCGACCGCUCCCGCCAGCGCUUCCGCGCUUUCCGCUACCCCGAGGCCGCUGGGCCCCGGCAGGCCCUGAGCCGGCUCCGGGAGCUCUGCAGACAGUGGCUGCGGCCAGAUAUGCACAGCAAGGAGCAGAUCCUGGAGCUGCUGGUGCUGGAGCAGUUCCUGACCAUCCUGCCAGGGGAGCUGCAGGCCUGGGUGCGCGAGCAGCACCCCGACAGCGGGGAGGAGGUGGUGGCGCUGCUGGAGUACUUGGAGAGGCAGCUGGACGAGACACCUCCACAGGUCCCAGCUGGUGAAUGGAGCCGAGAACUUCUCUGCUGCAAGGUGGCAUUGUUGACGCCAUCCCAGAACUCACAAAGUGGCCACUCCCAGCCGAUGAAGUGUCUGCUCAAGCAUGAGUCUCAGGAAUCUUUGGAGUGUUCGCCCUGCCAAGCAAGAGGCCUGGAAAUGGAGACUGAAACCAGGGACUUGUUUCCAGCUGACGACUACAUUGAACAAAAGCCUGAGCAGCCAGUGUGCUUCUUGACUGAAGACACUGCUCAGAUUCCUGCAGGUGCAGAAGCCAGUGAGCAGGAAGGCAAGUCACAGACAACACAGAAGAAUGCCACAAGGAGUAGGCGACACUAUUGCCAUGAAUGUGGAAAGAGUUUUGCUCAAAGUUCAGGCCUGACCAAACACAAGAGAAUCCACACUGGAGAGAAGCCCUACGAAUGCGAAGACUGUGGGAAGACCUUCAUUGGGAGCUCUGCCCUUGUCAUUCAUCAGAGGGUUCACACUGGCGAGAAGCCGUAUGAGUGUGAAGAAUGCGGCAAGGUCUUUAGCCACAGCUCGAACCUCAUCAAGCACCAGAGAACCCACACUGGGGAAAAGCCCUACGAGUGUGAUGACUGUGGGAAAACCUUCACCCAGAGCUGCAGCCUCCUUGAACAUCACAAAAUUCACACUGGAGAGAAGCCGUACCAGUGCAAGUUGUGUGGCAAAGCCUUUAGGCGGAGCUCACAUCUCCUGAGACAUCAGAGGACCCAUGGUGAUAAAACUGCCCACAAGCCUCUGCAUGGAGAGGCCCAGGAAGGUCAGAGUAGGGUGGAAAGCCAACGGAAUGAUACUAAAACUCCCCUAACUUAUCAAUGCAAUGAGUGUGAGAGAAGCUUCACUCAGAAUAGAAGCCUUAUUGAACAUAAAAAAAUCCACACUGGUGAGAAACCCUACCAGUGUGAUGCAUGUGGAAAAGGCUUUACCCGAACUUCAUAUCUUGUUCAACAUCAGAGAAGCCAUGUGGGGAAAAAAAUUGUAGCACAGUGACCUGUAUAAUGCCUGCCAGAGUUGGUGCUCACUUGUCAGUGAGCUGAAGAUACUCUGGAGCCCUUACUAACUGCAGACGUGGGGAUAUUGCCAAUACACACCAUCUAGUGUUAGUUGUUAUAAUCUGGCUGAGGUAAACUAUCUUUUAUGUUCUAAAAGUAGCUGGAAUUAGACUCAUUAAUAGGCAGAUGUGAGAGUGUUCUCUUGAUGAGGUAGCACUGAAGUGUUUUGUUCCCACUCUUUGCAUCUACAAGGCCUUCCAGAACAGUUGCCCUUAGCCAGCACAUCUUUCUCCUGGGUGGAUGGUUCCAGGGUUUGGGGCAUACUCUUCUUACUAUUUGUUUGUCAACAUGAGGCUUUCGUGCUUUGGUCAGAUUCCUGAGGUCUUGGCCUCCUAAUGUGCCUUGUGUUAGUAAACAUUUACCACAGGGACUGAUGAAAUGAAUGAUCUUCAAAACUCUGAAACUCUGUGUCUAGAUUUCUGAAGAAGUCCUAACGUGGGCCAUUUGCGUUUGCAUGUAAUUUGCUAAGGUUCUAGACUCUGAGUCAGUCCUACAGAUUUCAUAUUAAGUAUGUAAUGUCACAGAAUUUGAGUUGGUGAUUCCAUGUAUCUUCAUGAAAAUAAAGAGUACUGUAAGAAUUCCUCAAGCAACAUCUGAAGACAUAGGGAGACUUCCCUGUCCAUAAAACUCCAUUAGUGCACAUUUAGUUUUUCACUCUUUACAAUGGAAGUUUUUAGUCAGGUAAAUAAAUAGCAAUUCUAUCUUCAUAGGACAAACUAUUUAAUUAGAAUUUCUAUUGCUGUGAAAGGCACUAGGACAAAAAGCAACCUGGGGUGAGUAGAUGGGGGUUUAUUUCGACUCACCACUCAUUUGUUUCCACUCCAUCACUGGGGGACAUCAGGGCCAGAGCACAGGGCAGGGACCUGGAGGCAAAAGCUGAAGCAGAGGCCAUGGAGGAAUGCUGCUUACUGGCUUGCUCCUAACGGCUUGCUCAGCCUGUUUUAUUCUAGCACCCAGGAACACCAGCCCUGGGGUAGCAGCACCCACAGUGAGCUGGGCCUCUGACAUCAAUUAUCAAUCAAGAAAAUACCCCACCGACUUGCCCUACAGGUCAAUCUGGUGGCAAUAUUUUAUAAGUCGAGGCUGCCUUUUUCCAAAUGACUGUUUUGUGCUGAGCUGACAUAAAACUAGCCCGCACAACAAAUGAUGGCACAGUUGAUACAUUGUCUAUACUGCUCAAUGUAUCAGUUACUUUCUCCAGGGCUGUUACCAGAAACCUGAGAAAAGCAAUUUAAGGAGGAAAUGGUUUGUUUGGGUUCAUGGUUUGAGCUGAUACAUUGCAGUGGAGAAGCCAUGAUGGCAGAAAUGUGAGGCAGCUGGUCACACGGUGUCUGAAGACAGGAAGCAGAGAUCCAUGCUGGUGCUUCUGGCUUCCACUUUUUUUUUCCUUUUAAUUCAUUUCUGGACCUCAGGCCUCGGGAUGGUGCUGCCCACAUUCAGGCUGAGUCUUCUUUCUGGAUUCACCUUCGCAGACAUGCUCAAAUUGUGUCUCCUAGGUGAUUUAAAAUCCAGUCAAGUUAAUAAUGAAGAUAGAUAAUCACACUCAGCAUCUUGCUUCUCACUUUUCCCGUACCUUGGCCCUAGCCAGAUUUUAGCACAUAUUUUGUAUGCCUCUCCUCUUGGUAUCAAACUGAAUAAAGGCUAUGCUAGCUGAGCUCAAAUUACCUCCAGGUCAGAAGCUUCACACCAAAUAGUCAUCCUCAUUAUUUAUGCCUUCGAAACUGCCCUGUGGGUUGAAGAACAAACAGUAAGCGAUGGGUGAGGGGUAUGAACCCCAGUGGAGUCUGUAGGAGAACACAUGUCUGCUAGGAAGCAGGUGGAGAAUCUUGGAUGGAAAGUGCUCCACAGGGAGAACCUGGAAAUCAUGGCUCAGUGCUCUGUGAGUUAAUCAUAAGAAGUAAGGUUUUAUAAUGAUAGCCCGCAUAGUUCAACUCAGUCCUCUGUAGGUUUUGAAGGCUGGUACCUUCUUCUGAGGUCCUUUUUGUGAAAUGAUACCGUGCUUUGGUAAAUCAUCAGCAUGCUGUUCUUGUCUACUCAAAAACAGCACCUGUUUAUGAAUUUCUGCUUUGAAGUCUCAUGGGCUGACUUCUGGCUUUCAAAACUUAAGGGCUCUCCCUUUAAUAAUGCCCUGGAAUCCUCCAUUGCCUUCAUUAUCCCUUCAUUUCUGCCUUGUUAACUCUAACUGAGCCUUCCAAAAUUCUUUAGACUUGACCAUGGAAUCUUCUAGCAUUUCAUUUUCUUCUUACUUGUGCAGUCUUCAUGAAGCUGCUCAGCAAUUACCCUUCUUCUUUGGUAUUUUUCUAGGUUCACCUGUUUAAAUCUGCUUGACUUUGAGACAUGGUAUCAAAGUCAAGCAGAUUUAAAAUAAGUUAUACGACAACAAAUUAAAAAAAAAAUUUGCUUUAGCCCUAAAACUUCAAUACUCAAAUUCUUUAUGGACUACUUGGCUUAUUUUUCUUUGGUCUUUAAUUUGCUUGGCUAUUACCUGACUCUUUGUGAAAUGCUUUUACAAACCAGAAAACUUGGUGCAAGUGUGACUUACAUUAACCAAGAAGCCCUGUGCCUCCUUUAGGCUUCUGAGCCUAAAGCCUCUCUGCAGAGGAGGGAAAUAUAGAAAAGUGUCUACUCUUCUAGACACUGGGAUUGACUUAUAAAACACACAAAAAUGCUACUUUGCAUGUUUUACUAAAUAAUUUUUAGUAAUUUUGUGUUGACUGGUUGACUAUUCUGUUUCAUUUCUUCAACUGAAAUGAGACAACCUAUGCCUAUUCAUUUCCUUCUGUUCCUUUCUUUCUCAUUUAUGUUUGUUUUAUGUUAUUUAUUUAUUUAUUUAUUUAUUUAUUUAUUUAUUUAUUUAUUUAUUUAGAGUCAGGGCCUUUCAUGUGGCCCUGGCCAGCCAGGAACUCCCUAUGUAGACUAGACUGGUAUUGAACUUACAGAGACCUUAGUA